UUCAACUCACAGCCUGAUCAAAUUCAAGCAACGGUCCCUCUCCACUUGAUCCCCCAAUUUGAAGACCAAUUUGAAGAAGGCAACCUAUAUGCCAUGCUCAACUUUUCUGUCAAGGAGAAUCAAGGGGGUUGGAGUAGAGAAACAUCUCAUCCAUUCCGUUUGCUGUUCACCGAAAAAACAAAAGUCAUGCUUCAGACAAAUGAAAAACAUCAAGAAUUUCCAAAGAGCGUUUGUAAUAUCAUAGCCUAUGCAGAUAUCAUCAAUUCCCCAGAUGUGGAAGCUCCCAAUUUGAUUGUUAUAUGGUGGCCGUUCAUCAACCAACACCAUCAAGUACUUUUGUUUCAAAAUCAUCUACUGCAUCAUUUACUAAUGGUGAUGAGAUCGGCUUUACCAAAUCACUUUCAGAGUUACCCACUACGAAGGCGGUAAUAUGUUAAACUGCGGUUAUUAGAUAUUAAAUUAGUAAUUUUGACAUUACUCAUUUUCUCUCAAAUAAGAUGUUUACUGUUCCAUGUUUAAUAAUGUUUAAAGGACAUUGUAUGUGGUUGAAUACUGUGUCACUUUUUCUGAUUUGUUUUCUCACUUAUUGUUUCCCUAGAACCUGCUAUCAAUAAAAGAUGCGGACACGUUUCACUUUGGUGGUUGUAGGAGGUAUGCUUGCAGAGGCUAAAGUGCCGUAUAGAUGUUUCCAAUGGUAGUUUUAAUCCUUUUUGUAGAAAAUACAUCUGGAACAUUGUUGUUUAAACUCCAAAGAAUCCAAACUUCCUAUUAUUAUUCUUAUUGUGAUUACUGGAAUAUGGUGCAGCUAAAUGACACCAUAAAAGUAAAUAAUGUUUAAUUUGAAACAUAAUAAGGUAGCUGGUGAAA